AUGUCUGCUGCUCUUUCCACUCCCAUCAAGUUCCUCUCGCGCCGCGUCGUCAAGAGCAUCCUCGGCGUCGAGCAAGGCGAAGGCGUUGGCGCGCGCGUGCGUCGCUCGAUUGGCCGCCCCGAGCUCGGCCGCCUCGAUCCGUUCCUCAUGCUGGACUACUUUACGGGCGUUCCUCCAGCAGGCUUCCCAGACCAUCCCCACCGCGGCUUUGAGACCGUCUCGUAUCUGCUCGAAGGCAAGUUCGCACACGAGGAUUUCGCCGGCCACAAGGGCGUCCUGAACGCUGGCGACUUGCAGUGGAUGACGGCUGGUAGAGGCAUUGUCCACAGUGAAGUGCCGCUGACCAAGUCUGUGGGCUUGCAACUGUGGGUCAACCUGGCUCGCAAAGACAAGAUGAUUGAGCCAAACUACCAAGAGCUCCUCAAAAAGGACAUUCCGGUCGCCACCAAGGACGGCGUGACGGUGACUGUCAUUGCGGGUUCGUCCAUGGACAUUGACAGCGCCGUGUACACGCGCACACCGACCAUGUAUCUCGAUUUUAAGCUUGAUCCCAACUCGUCAUUCAACCAAGCCAUUCCAAAAGGCUGGAAUGGCUUUGCCUUCACCAUCUCGGGCAAGGCGUACUUUGGCCCCGCCGAUAGUGCUGUUGAGGAGAAGCCCUUCCACACGGUAUUGCUCGACAAUGACGAGUCGGCAGACGGAGUCACCUUCUCAACGAAAGACGAGCCGGCCCAUUUUGUUCUCAUUGCAGGCAAGCCACUCAAUGAGCCCAUCGUGCAGCACGGUCCGUUCGUGAUGAACACGCGCGAGGAAAUCAUGCAAACCAUCCGAGAUUAUCAAGAGCGCAAGAACGGCUUUGAGCGCGCUGCCGGCUGGUACUCUGAAGCCGGCCGCACUCAAUACGGCCUCGGUGAAGAUGACUACUGA